AUCAACUAACCAAAUACCAAAUGGCGGGUUUCACAAGCCAAAGCUCGGUAUUAGCAUUCUUAAGCUUUGCAUUAGUCCUCCUAGUUUUGGGAACCUAUGCUCGUCCAAUCGACCAUCAAAAUGUUGUGUCAUUCAAGGAAAUGCAUGAGCGUUGGAUGCGUCGACAUGAACGAGCCUAUAAGAAUGAACUUGAAAAAGAGAUGCGUCUUAACAUUUUCAAGAAAAAUGUUGAAUAUAUAUUUCAGAAACUGAAUAAUAAUACGAAUGCUAAUACUGAAUUAUCAUCUUAUAAAUCUUUGGAGUCAAGUCUUAAUGCUUUUGCAGAUUUAAGCAAUGAGGAGUUCGUAGCAACUUAUACCGGUUAUACAAAGCCAACUCGUAGUGAAUCCAUGACCAUGACCUAUGACAACACUACUCAUGGCCAUGGCCUUGCUGACUAUUUACCUUCUUCAGUGGAUUGGAGAAGUAGUGGAGUUGUCACUCCAAUAAAAAACCAAGAAAAUUGUGGUUGUUGCUGGGCAUUUGCAGCAGUGGCAGCACUAGAAGGAUUAAACAAAAUAAAAGGAGGGCAAUUAAUAUCACUGUCAGAACAAGAACUGUUGGAUUGUGUUACAAAUAACACAUGUAAAGGUGGGAAUAUGACAGAUGCUUAUGAUUUCAUCAUCCAACAAACUCAAGGCCGUAUGUCCACAGAAAACGAGUACCCUUACCAAGGCUUUCAGGGUCAGUGUCAAGCUGAUGCUGCAACUGCAGCUGGUGGAAGUCAGAUCAUGAUAAGCAGUUACACACAGGUUAACCCAAAUGAUGAAAUGGCCCUCAUGGCUGCUGUUGCACAACAACCAGUAUCCGUUGCGAUCGCCGCCAAUGGGUCAGAUUUUCAGCUGUACCCUGCAUCUACCAGCGGCCGAGUCUUCCAAGGAAACUGCGGUACCAUCUCAAAUCACGCUGUUACGGUUAUCGGGUACGGUACAGAUACUGAUGGAACGGAUUACUGGUUGAUCAAGAAUUCAUGGGGAGAAAAUUGGGGAGAGAAUGGUUAUAUGAAGAUGAUUAGAGGUUACAAUUUCUGUAAUAUUGCUUCCGAUGCUUCUUAUCCUACCUACAACUCAUAAUUACUACUCUUAUCAGCCAUUCCAGAAUCGUGAUCAUAUUACAGUAUGUCAUAUUAUAAGAUCAGAAGAGCUACUACUUCGUUCGG